AUGGCUCCUCGUUUGCUAUUCUUCUUUGCUUUCAUUUCUCUGCUGUUGACAUUCUUUCCUUCACCUUGUUCUUCUUUGAAAUAUGAUGAUGCUAUUGUUGUUCCUGUAACCAAAGAAGAUGAUAGGGUCAAUGUAGCUUUGUACUAUGAGUCCUUAUGUCCAGGGAGUGCUGAGUUCAUAUUAAAAUAUCUAGUGGAUGUCUUUGAUUUGGAUCUCAUUGACAUUGUCAAUCUCAAGCUAGUCCCCUGGGGCAAUGCUGAGACCACAGAUCCAAACAAUACUAUUGUUUGCCAGCAUGGCGAAGAUGAAUGCUACUUCAACACUAUACAUGCCUGUGCCAUUGAAGCCUUGCCUGACACAACGAAACAUUUUACGUUCAUUCACUGCCUGAUGAAGGAAACUUCAAAGGGACCCAUUCACGAAAAGGAAGAAAUUUGGAGAUCUUGUUGUCAAGGACUGAAGGAAGUUGAACAGGACAUUCAGAACUGCUUUGACAGUGGCCAUGGAAGAGAGCUUGAGCUUAAAUACCGCAAUGAAACUCCGCCUCAUGAUUAUGUACCAUGGCUGACCGUUAAUGACAAACACGUUGAAUAUCUUCAGUAUUUUUUAGUUUAUAUCUGUAAAGCUUACAAAGGCAGUCAAGUUCCAGAGUUUUGCAAAUCACUGCCACCAGUCAAGGCCAAAGCUACUGAGAAUGCAAUUUCAAGCACUCCUGUCUGCUAUGCUAAGGAAGCAAGCCAUUUCUAAGCCAUGAAUGGACUUAUUGGAAGAAGUUAAAGCUUCUUCCUUUGUUGGCUGGUUCAUCACUGUUAGCAUAUAAGUAGAAUAAUUGACCUAGUUGGUUAUCAGUGUUUAGGUUGUUUUUAACUCUAAAUUUGGAAAGAGCAGAAGUGAAAUCAUGUGUUUCUA